AUGGCCGCUUUUCAGCUUUAAACCUCAGCGGUUCAGGGGAAAAUAAUUAUUCCACAAUCCACUAUUAAUACGAUCCUUUAGGAAGGAAAUCACGUGCGGUUUAAUAUGGCUAUAUUCCUGCGUAAAUAACAUUAUGCUUUUGGUUUCAAGGAUGGAAAAUAUAUCUGUUUCAUAUUUAACCCUUUGCAUUCCGUGAUCCGCGUUCCAGAUGAGAAAAUGAUGCACCAAGUAGCCAGCAACAGCAAUGACUACGGUCUGGGUAGCAUUGGGGAUGAUGGGCAACACCCGGCCAGUCACUUUGAGUUGUGCAGCUCACAAUCCAAUAAAUUUUACCCCUCUGCCCCACCUCCCUCGCUUCAACUGCCACUCCCAAACUUGCCCCCCUUGCCACAGGGCCUGAUCAAGCCCAUGUCUUGCCAGAUGAAAGACUCCCAAAAUCAAUUUCACUCCCAAACCGUUCGAAUGAGGGGUGCCGAGGUACCAGAGGGCUCCAAGAAAAAGAAAGGCCCCGGAAAGUCCGGACGUCGAGGCAGGCCCUCGGGUACCACUAAGUCUGCUGGCUACAGGACAAGUACAGGACGACCACCCGGGACCACCAGAGCAGCGGGUUUUAAAACCAGCCCAGGAAGGCCACUGGGCACCACCAAAGCCGCAGGCUACAAGGUGAGCCCAGGUAGGCCCCCAGGCAGCAUCAAGACUCUGGCAAGACUAAACAAACUGGACUAUAGCGCUUGCAAUGGUGCACCAUUCCCUUACACCAUGAUGCAGAAGAGGGCCUUGUGCGAAGCCACUGUAAAGGAGAAAGACACUAAUGAGUGAAGACAGGCUGCAUGUCCAAAGUGACAGAAAGAAAAAAGUUGGAAUUUGUCAGUUUAACUCACGUGUGUACGUGCCAGUGUUAUUCAGUUGAUCCUUUUGUGCAUUGUUUUUUCAAAGACCAUUAGCAUCACCUUUCUCACUAUGUCGUAUGUUAUCCUAUUGUACAGAUGUGCAUGAUGGUAGAUUUGUGAAAUAAAGUUACAGUACUGAAACAGAUAUUAAUCUUUUUGGUCCUUAGAAUUUGCUCUCGUGAGAUGUAGAAAGGACUAAAUGUGUGUUGUUAUACAUUGAUUCUUUUACUUAAUGCUUUUGAUGUAAAGUUAAUGCUUGAAAUACACAUGGCCUGUUUCACUCCAGAUUUUAGGACACAGCAUUUUUACCUUGUUCAACUGAUGUGUAUGUGAAAGUGCUAUGUUUGUAAUGUCCUAUUAGUAUAUUUGCCUCUUUUUUGUUGUUGUUGUAUUUAUGAAUUGUCUGGUGCCCUUUGAGGAUAAUGUGGAUUUUUGAUUAAAAAGAAAAUCAAUUCUCUUA